UUCUGGCAGUCAAACCCCUGCGUGAGCUGAGGGAGGAUUUCAUAAGGUGUUUGAUAUUGACAUUCCUUACUUUUGUGCUUCCUGUGCAACCAGGCCAGGAGAACAAGAUGUGAUUCCAUCUCCUGUCCUUGGGUCUGCCCAACACGGGGAUUUUGUUUGGUGAGGGGAUCACAUGCUGGACUCUGUUUCAUCCCAGCUGAAAUCAGGUGAACAAACACCAUCUCACUUGGAAAUUAAUGCAAAAAGGGCAGGUGAUUUAGUCCAAAAAUUCUUUUGCCCCACAUAAGAGGCAGUAGAAUAUUUCUUCCAGAGUAUUUAGUUGCUUCUUCAGUCAGGAAAAUAACUCAGUGGGUUGUGUGCAGUAGCAGCACGUCCUUUUUGUUCUGCACCAGCUGUCUUGGGUUUGAGUCAAAAGCUGUUGUCUUCUGGUGGAGGUUUUGGUCUAACAACAGCUUUUGGUCGGCAGCAGCUUCCAUCACAAAAACUAGACAAGCUGAAUUCUCACCUGCAUCUUUAGGAGACAUCCAGUUUGGGUAAGGAAGUGGUUAGGUGGAAAAGGAGUUGAAGGAGGAGACAGCUCUCCUCAGCAGAAUCUGUAGCCAGGAUCAACCCAGCCACUUCAGCCAUGAAAGAAUAGUUUUAUCCUUAACAGUACUUAAAAAUAAACAGACUCUUCUCUGUUCUUCCCUUUUCAGCCUUCCCUGAGUCUUAGGGCAUGGAUUCCUCCUCCCUUUCACCACUCUUGCUCUUCCCCCAACUUCAAAGGCCUUUGUGAGUGUGAAGGAGUGAAGCUUCAGGACAGAAUGGAUUUGCAUUUUACAAGCCUGGCCCAUCUUCCCCAAAAUUCCCUGCCCUCAGGCUUUGGUGCUUCAUUCCAAGUCCCGCUGAUUGCUGUUAAGCUGCUGGUGUUCAUAUCUUGCUUUUUCACAAAAGUCUCUUUCAACCCCCAUCCCCCCCCCCAGGACCACGUUUAUCAAAGCUGGUGCUUUUCCCUAUCUGUUCAGUCCAUCAGAGCUGCUUAAUGACUCCUCAAGGGCAAACCCUGGCAGAUCCUCUGGGAAAGCAGCUUAAAAAUCAGACUCUGCUCUGAAGACAAAGCUCACUCUCACCUUGCUUAGGGGCUAGAGGUCACAGUCCAGCAGCAAUAUUCGUUGCAGAUGCUGGUUCUUCACUCCUGAUUUCUUCUUGUCUUCUGCAUCACUGUUAGACCAGGCAGCAAAAUAUAAUCCUAUGGGUUGAGGAGCUUAUCACAAGCACUUGUGGACUGCUCAGACAUGGGAUCUUACUUUUAGUUUUUCAUCUUAAGUCCCACCAACACCUCUCACAAUUUAAAAUCAAUCCCUGGCCUGAAACAAGAGGACUCUCAGUGCCUAUUUCUGUCCAGGCUUCCCUGUAUUUAAUUAAGUACAACUGAGUGACUUUUCCUCCCUGUUGGUCCUGGAAGAAGAAAAUGGUCGAGAGGGGCACAAAUUUAGGUCAGGAUGAGAAAAAAGACCUGUUGGGCAUGAACAACAGGUAUUCAGUGCCUUUCCUCCACUGGUCCAAGCCUCUGCUGCAGCCUUGCUUGUUGCAAUACAUUUGUACCUGGGGUUAGAAUCAUAGAAUCAGGGUGGAAAAGACCUUCAAGAUCAAGUCCAACCGUGUUGUACCUGGUGAUUCCGAGAAACCCUGUUUCACUGGCCCCAGUGAAGGGAAACAAUCAGAAAGGACCCAUCCCAAGGGAUCCUCAGAUACCAAGCCCUGUUCUGCCCAACCCAAAAUGGUUAAUUGCAUUCCUUGAAUGACUCGUUAACACCUCGAGUUAACACCUGGGUUACUGCUUGACUGGUUGUGCUGGGUCGUUAAGGGGGAAUGUGAGAAUUUGGCAGGGAGCUGGGGGUCUACUUAAAAUCUGCUGGUCAGGGCAGACAAACAGACUUUGGAUUUGUAGCAACAUGGCUCGUGUGAGUAAAUGCAGUUCCUUAGUUGCUACGGGGGUUUGGGUUCUCCUCUCCCUGCUCUGCCCAGCCAGUGGUGGGAAACUGCUGGUGGUGCCGAUGGACGGGAGCCACUGGCUCAGCAUGCGCUCCGUGCUGGUGGCCCUGGGCCAGAAAGGGCAUGAAGUGGUCGUGGUUGCACCAGAAGUAAACCUGAACGUGAAGGCGUCCGAAUAUUACACCCUCAGAACCUACCCAGUGCCUUUAACCAGGGAAGAGCUGGAGGCGAGGGCGCGUUCGUUUGCCAAUGAUCUUUUUGAGAGAGGAGCUUUUCUCCGGAGAGUUGCUGCGCUCUACGAGAAGGUUCAAGUCAUCUCCAGCCUCUACGUCUCCUCCUGUACCAGCUUACUGCACAACAAGGACCUGAUGCAAUACCUUGAAGGCAGCCGAUUUGAUGCUGUCCUCACGGAUCCUGUCGUACCGUGUGGACAAAUCCUGGCUCUGCAUCUUUCUGUCCCGUCCGUUUUCUUCUUACGGGGACUCCCCUGCAGUUUGGAUUUGCAGGCUGCCCAGUGUCCAGACCCCCCUUCCUACAUCCCAAGAACUUUUACAGACAACUCGGACCACAUGACAUUUAUCCAGCGUGUGGAAAACAUCCUCCUGAAAUCAUCAGAGUCCUUCCUUUGCCAUUUUGCCUAUUUGCCCUUUGAACUCCUGGCCUCAGAUGUUCUCCACAGACCAGUAACAAUGAAGGAGCUUUUAAGCCACGGAUCCAUCUGGCUGAAAAGGAUGGAUUUUGUUUUUGAGUACCCCAUGCCAGUGAUGCCCAACAUGGUUUUCAUUGGAGGUAUAAACUGUGGGAGGAAAAAGCCAUUCUCUCAGGUCAGUGAUUUCCUUGAUAAAACAUGUUAAGGUUUGAAGGGGAAAGGCUGUUUGCAGAUGCCCUCUGUGUGUAUAAUCAUACGGGUGAGUUUGUGUCAAGACCAAGAAAAUGGGUGGGAAAACUGGGUUGAUUUUCAUUCUCUCCCAGCCCUGUAGGCCCUCUUCUGUAGCAUUAGCAGGCUCAAAGCAUUUUUGGCUCACAGAAUUGUUUACUUUGGUCUAGGUGGAAGGAGUUUAUCACUGGAGGCACACACCCAGCAGUGAGGGCAAUCCCCAGCUUAGCAUGCAGGUCUCUCCUGGCUUAGGUUUGCCAGAUCAGUAUUUGUUUUGCUGUCACAGUUGAUUUUUAAAAACAAGGAACCUCCCCAGUUACAAAGAACCAUCCUUUCAGAACUUAGAAAUCAAGUCUCACAAGGCGUCAGUUGGCAGGUAAUGUUCUGGUUGCUCUGUCAGUCUAGGCUUCUCCUUUCACUGCAUGGAUUCCUCACACCACUUUCUGCAGAACUGGUGGAGGUUUUUGGAGCUGCAAGCCAGCACUGAGCCAUCUGCUACAGCUCACCCUGCCUUCUGAGAAGUUUCCCUACAAAGGGUGGGCCGAGGGAAGAAGUAAGUCAGGAAAUGUCCUUCAAAAAAAUUCUGGUGCAUCCUAUCAGCCUCCAUAGGACAUUAUUGUGUGGUCAGAUUUACUGCUGGGCAAUAAUUUUCAUCAUUAAGGUGGACUGUUUGCAAAUCUUUUCUGUGCAUUAGUGUUGUUUGCUUCCAUGGUCCUGGGGCAUCCUCUUCCCAGGCUGAUCCAGAACUGUAUUUCUGAGUGGUCAGUCCAGUUCUAAAUAUAUCUGGCAAAAAAGCACCUCCUUGUCCUUCCUACUUCCAGCCCCUGUUUCAUCCUUAUUCCAGGGGAAAGAAAUUUUUUUAGCCAGUUUUCCAUUUUCAUUUACAGUGUCAAGAUAGAAAACUGAUAAAGAAAACAGACUGCUUCCCUUCUGAAGCAUUAAUGUCCUUCUGAUCUUACAAAAGAGAAAAUUAUUUGGAUUGGUAGGAGGGGAGGAGUUUUCCUUCCAGGACCUGGAGGGGCUACAGGAAAGCCAGGGAGGGACUUUUUACCAGGGUGUGUUGUGAGAGGAUGAGGGGUAAAGGCUUUAAUCUGGAAGAGGGGAGAUUUAGGUGAGACAUUUGGAAUAAAUUCUUCAGUGUGAGGGUGGUGAGAGUUUCCAGGGAAGCUGGAAGUGUUGAAGGGCAGGUUGGAUGGGGCUUGGAGCAGCCUGGGCUGGUGGGAGGUGUCCCUGCCCGUGCAGGGGGUUGGAACUGGAUGGUCUUGAAGGUCCUUUCCAACCCAAACCAGUCUGUGAUUCUUAUACUGAAAAUUCUUGCUUGGAAAAGGAACGAUCUGUUAAGCAGCACUUUUGAGCAGACCACUUGCUGAAGGA